AUGUCUGGAAGUCACAAACCUACUCCUACGCCUGCUAAGCAAGCGGCAGUAGUACAAGCGAACGGGACAGUCUUGACUACAUGGAAUUUGAAUGGACGGACAAGACCAAGAUUGCCUUUCACUUUUUCCAACGAGACUUUGCCGACCUGGCUUGGCAGCAUCGUGGUCUUGGAAUUGCUGGGAACCAAACUUCCUUUCCCAUCAGAUAAACAUGGAAGCCCGACAAGACAGCUUACCUGCUGCUUGCUGAUCUACAAUCCCAUAGUCUGUCUCGCACGGCUCACCCAACCCCAAAUGGAAAGAGAUAUUCUGUCUCUAACAGGUCAUGUUGACGGCGGCUUCAGGCCCUGCGAGCUAAGGAGGUUCCCCAGAAUUGCGCCAUCGAUCUUAUCACUACGUGAUGCGGCUGUCGAGGGAAACCAUUGGAAGAUUAAUUUGAUGUGGUUUGAUGCAUGCCGACGGAGUAUAGACAUCGAACGAUUCGCGGGAUCCUCUUCCGCAAUAGUUGCCUUGUCCCUUGGCUGCGCGGAGAUACCUCUCCAACUAGUCUACUACACCCCUGCAGCUGCGGCAUCUCCGUGCUAUGGACAAUUCCAUCGAACGAUGAGCCCAACCAUUCACAUUCCUACCUUCGUGUGCCGAUACCUCCAUUUCCUCGCAGACCUAUCAGCGCAAGGACAAAUCAGACAGAACGCCGCUGCAAAUCCUACCUCCUAA